GGCGGUGCCGGGCUCGAGCUCGACCCAGUUUGAAAGUGAACCAACGUCUCCAGUCGCUGCUUCAGCCCCCAAACAACAACAGAACACCAGAAUCUGAAAACCCUGAACCGACCUAAAGUCCGCUCCAGCCCGCAGCCGGCCCUCCUGACGAGCCGCCACUAUGAUGCGUAAAGACGUCAACAAGCCGAAGGGAAAGACGUCGGCAUACGCCUUCUUCGUCCAGACGUGUAGAGAGGAACACCGGAAGAAGAACCCAGAGCAGUCGGUCAACUUCGCUGAGUUCUCCAAGAAGUGCUCCGAGAGAUGGAAGGCUCUCACAGCUGGUGAUAAAAAGUGCUUCGAGGACAUGGCGAAGGCUGACAAGGUGCGCUACAACAGGGAGAUGAGCGACUACAUCCCACCUAAAGGCUUCGGAAAGAGAGGCCGCAAGAGGAAAGACCCUAACGCCCCCAAGAGACCCCCGUCUGCAUUCUUCGUGUUCUGCAGUGAGUACCGUCCCAGUGUGAAGCAGCAGUAUCCUGGUCUGUCUAUAGGAGACUGUGCCAAGAAACUGGGAGAGAUGUGGAGCAAACUGUCCCAGUCUGAGAAGCUGCCCUACGAGGAGAAGGCCCAGAAACUACGAGAGAAAUAUGACCGGGACAUGGUGGCAUACCGCGGCGGCGGCACGUACUCAGCCAGGAAUCCCGGCUCCUCCGCUCAGGGAGGAGAGGAAGAGGAGGACGACGAGGGAGAGGACGAUGACGACGACGACGAUGAUGACGAGUAGAGAAGAAGAGCUGCAUCUGGAUGAGAGAGACUGACUGAGUGUGUGUGAGAGAGACAGGUAGGUGUGUGUGUUUCAGAGCUCUGUGACAGCGGAUUGGACAGGAUGGGGCAGGGGGUGGGGCUUCAUCACAGGGGACAGGUGAGCUCAGCCAGUCAGGAGCAGGGGUGUCGUCUCAAUGGUUACAGGGAUUUUAAAUGGAAGAGAUGAGACAGUAAACAGGAAGUCACACACAGGAGCAGCAACGAGCUUCCUGUCAGUUUUCAAAGUAAGACUUCUUGUACAGAUGUAACUCUGUCAGCCUCUACUGAAUUUCAUCAGAACCCCAGAACACAAGGAUCAGACAGAAGCAACAGAACAGAGAACACAGGGAUCAGACAGAAGCAACAGAACAGAGAACACAGGGAUCAGACAGAAGCAACAGAACAGAGAACACAGUGAUCCGACAGAAGCAACAGAACAGAGAACACAAGGAUCAGACAGAAGCAACAGAACAGAGAACACAAGGAUCAGACAGAAGCAACAGAACAGAGAACACAGGGAUCAGACAGAAGCAACAGAAGAGAGAACACAGGGAUCAGACAGAAGCAACAGAGUUGAGCUCAGAGGAACAGAAGAGUUACAAAUCUCUCUGCUCAGCCUCAACACACGUCUCUGCUCUGGGACACGUUAUUGAUCAGUGACAUGUUAUUGAUCAGUGGCAUUUUAAUGAUCAUGAUCAGUCUUUUAUCAGCCUGAUUGAGAUCUGAGCUCUGAAACACACACACAGGACCAGAGGGAGUGUGUCACAAUGUGUGUGUUGCCUUUCAGUAACGUGUGUGUGUGUGUGUGUGUGUGUGUGUGUUUUGGAGGUCAUCAGAUGAUAAACUGUCUUGACACCAGAGGAUAGUAAAAUCCCCCUCCCCUUCCCUCCUCCCCUCACUGUUACCAUGGUUACCCCUGCACCCCCCCUCCCUCCCUCCAUCAGCCCUGUGUGUUGCCAUGGAAACCCCCCAUUAUUAUCAUGUUGUUGUUUUUUAUUUUCUUACUGAAGUUUAUUGUUCUGUUCCUGUUCACUGUCAGAGUAGAAACGUCAACGUUUUAUAAUAAAAACUGAGUGAAAACACA